UGACUCCGUAACCAAAAUCAAGUAUGGCGGAAUCUGUCAGAAAAUGAUUAUUUCGCCAGUAGACUUCCCUAGCGAUAAAGUCAACAUAUUUAUUCUGCAUCUUUCUCGGGACAGGGCCGCCUCUUGGAGCUUCUAGGCUGGUACAAGUGAGCGCGUGUCUCUGAUUGGAUUACCUGAAUAGUAGGUUGUCUGUUGGAGGGCUGUUUCCUGUUGCUGACCAGUGAAGACAUUUGUGGGUGAUUGUGUUUCCUGCUGAGGAGUACUGUGGCCCUGAUCUUGGUACACAUCAGACCAGCCCCCUUCCCUACACACACACAAACACACACACACACACUAACACCCCCCCGACCCACACACACUCCACCUGUCCCGUCCUACUCCUCUCCAGGCCGUAUAUUUGUACAACUUCACUGUGGAUUCUCCAAGGACCAUCCUGUCAACAAUGACAUCACACAGUCACCAAGAAGGACUCCUGGGCAAGGAGCAGCAGCUGGAUGUCCUGAAGACGUCUGCCCUCAACCACAUCCCCACAGUGGACAUUAACUCUGCCCUGCCCCUGCGUCUGCCCCCGGCUGCCAUCCCCAUGGACUUACGCAUUGACCAGCACCAUCACCAGCAGCAGCUGUCCAUGUCUCCUUCUGCAGCCCAGGCGUCUGCAGCCCAGGCCAGAGAGCAGCAGCUACAGCAGGAGCUCCUGUCCCUGAAACAGAAACAACAAAUUCAGAGACAGCACCUCAUCGCUGAGUUCCAGAGGCAACAUGAGCAGCUCAACCGCCAGCAUGAAGCCCAGCUACAGGAACAUGUUAAGCACCAGCAGGAGCUCCUGGCCCUGAAACAUCAGCAGGAGCUGUUGGAGCACCAGAGGAAGAUGGAGAAGCACCGUCUGGAGCAGGAACUGGAGAAACACCAGAGAGAACAGAAACUACUGCUGCUGAAGAACAAGGAGAGAGGACAGGAGAGUGCAGUGGCCAGUACGGAGGUGAAGAUGCGACUGCAGGAGUUUGUGCUGAACAAGAAGAAGGCUCUGGCCCAGAGGAGUCUCAACCACGGGGGGUUGCCCAACGACCCCCGCUACUGGUAUGGGAAAACUCAGCACACUUCCCUGGACCAGAGCUCUCCUCCUCAGACUGGUAUGGGUACCUACAACCACCCUGUCCUGGGCAUCUACAACGCUAGAGACGACUUCCCCCUCCGCAAGACAGCUUCUGAGCCCAACCUGAAGCUACGUUCUCGUCUGAAGCAGAAGGUGAGCGAGCGUCGGAGCAGCCCCCUACUGAGGCGUAAAGACAGCCCGAUCACAACCGCCAAGAAACGCUCACUGGAUAUGGCAGAUUCAGCGUGUAACAGCGCUCCUGGAUCCGGCCCCAGCUCUCCUAACAACAACAGCAUCAGCAACAUCCCCAAUGAGAACGGCGUCUCUGUGGCAGUCUCCAACAGCAUUGAUGUGUCCCUGGCUCAACGGUUGUGUGGUGGUGAACUCAGCCAGCUGUCUCUGUACACGUCCCCCUCCCUCCCCAACAUCACCCUAGGUCUGCCCGCCACGGCCACCUCUGCUUCCAAUGUGACCUCAGCCCAGCAGGAUGGGGGUCAACAUUCGGCCCUCUCCCUCAGCCCCCCCUACCUAGGCGGUGCCCCCCUAGCCACCUACCUGGCUGACGGAGGGGGCGCAGGGGGGCACGGCCCACUACUGCAGCACUUGGUCCUGCUGGAACAGACUGGCGCGCACGGGCCCCUACUGGCAGGUGGGUACAGCAGUAGAAUGGUACUUUGGUGGAGAACACACACACACAGUGUCCCAGUACACUGUGUGGAUGCCCUCCAGUCUCCCUCCAUCCACAUGCUGCGUGGGCAGCACCGUCCCCUGGGUCGGACCCAGUCGGCCCCACUGCCCCAGCAGAACGCCCAGGCCCAGGCCCUGCAGCAGCUGGUGGUCCAACAGCAACACCAACAGUUCCUGGAGAAACACAAACAGCAGUUCCAGCAGCUACAUAUCAACAAGAUGAUGGGCAAGCCCAGUGAGCCCACGGGGGCCCGGCAGCACCAGAGUCACCCGGAGGAGACCGAGGAAGAGCUGAGGGAGCACCAGGCCCUCACUCCGCAGGACGGAGGCUUUCCGUGUGGGUUCGCAAUCAAACAAGAGCCCCCAGACCCCCAAGAGAACCAGGAGGAGGACAUGCAGCAGGAACUGCUGUUCAGACAGCAGGCCAUAUUGUUGGAGCAGCAGAGAAUCCACCAGCUGAGAAACUAUCAGGCUUCCAUGGAGGCAGCCGGUCUGUCAAUCACCUUCCCAGGUCACCGCCCCCUCUCCAGGGCCCAAUCGUCUCCGGCCUCCGCUUCCUCCUUCCCCAUCUCUGUCCCGCCUCCUGAGCCUCCCACCAAACCUCGCUUCACCACAGGGUUGGUGUAUGACUCUCUGAUGCAAAAGCACCAGUGUAUGUGCGGGAACACACACACCCAUCCGGAGCACGCCGGACGCGUCCAGAGCAUCUGGUCCAGACUUCAGGAGACGGGACUUAGGGGACAGUGUGAGUGUAUCCGUGGUAGGAAGGCCACUCUGGAGGAGCUCCAGACAGUCCACUCUGAAGCCCACGUCCUGCUGUAUGGAACCAACCCCCUCCGACAGAAACUAGACUGUUCAGUCACGCCCAUGUUGGUCAGAUUACCAUGUGGAGGAGUGGGGGUGGACAGUGACACCAUCUGGAACGAGGUCCAUUCCUCUACUGCAGUUCGUCUGGCUGUGGGUUCUGUGGUGGAGCUGGUGUUCAAAGUGGCCACUGGUGAACUGAAGAACGGCUUUGCUGUGGUUCGACCCCCUGGACACCAUGCAGAAGAGAGCACUCCCAUGGGCUUCUGCUACUUUAACUCAGUAGCCAUCGCAGCCCGGCUGCUCCAACAGAGACUCAACGUCUGCAAGAUCCUCAUAGUAGACUGGGAUGUUCACCAUGGCAACGGGACCCAGCAGGCAUUUUACGACGACCCCAGCGUGCUGUACCUGUCUCUCCAUCGAUACGACGAUGGAAACUUCUUCCCUGGCAGCGGAGCCCCCGACGAGGUGGGCAGUGGUCCAGGAGUAGGUUUUAACGUUAACAUGGCCUUCACCGGGGGGCUGGAGCCACCUAUGGGAGAUGCAGAGUACCUGGCAGCCUUCAGGUCUGUGGUGAUGCCCAUAGCAGAUGAAUUUGCUCCUGACGUGGUGCUGGUGUCCUCAGGCUUCGACGCCGUCGAGGGUCACCCUCCUCCCCUAGGCGGUUACACCCUCACCUCCAAAUGUUUUGGGUACCUGACACGUCAGCUGAUGACCCUGGCUGAGGGUCGCGUGGUGCUGGCAUUGGAGGGAGGUCACGACCUCAUGGCCAUCUGUGACGCUUCCGAGGCCUGCGUCUCCGCUCUGCUGGGCAACCAGCUGGAUCCUCUCCCUCAGACGCUUCUGGAGCAGAGACCCAACCAGAAUGCUGUGUGCUCCAUAGAGAAGGUUAUAGAAACACACAGUAAGUACUGGCGCUCCAUGCAGCGUGGCUCCCCCAGGCUGGGCCUGUCUGUGCUGGAGGCUCAGAGAGGAGACUCGGAGGAGGCUGAGACCGUCAGCGCCAUGGCCUCUCUCUCUGUGGCCAACAAACAGAGCAGGUCGGAGGAGGAACCCAUGGAGGAGGAAGCACCAUUAUAGUGGGGGAAGCAUAAGGGCGUCGCACCGUGACUGUCGGCCUCUGCAGCUCGGAAGACUACCUUCUGGAGAGUCUCGACUGUCCUUUUCAUUUAGUCCCUCCGCGCCGUGCCUAUCACCUUGAUUGGCAGCUCCUCUGCCAAUGAGAGAGAGGGAUGGGCUUCAGAGUAGGGAGUCAAUGGGGAUACGAUAUGAAGGACGGAAGUGACAAAGCGCUGCAGCCAGGCAGCUCAGCGUGGUCAGCUCACCGUUUGUUUCUGCCAGUCAGACUGAGGCAGCCCCAGAAGACACCCUAGCACCGAGGCAGGGCGUGGGUUCUCGGAGUGGAGGCGGAUAAUGGAAGUCUUACUCCUGAAGGGAAAGAUCUGGUGCUUUACAGAGCUCCCCCGUGGCCAAAUAUGGAGACAGAUGACAGGACAAGUCCGGCUGUCACACACAGCGUGGACAUUUAUUUUCUCUCCUGCUUUUGUCCCGCUAAAUGGAGGACAUGCUACUGAUGGAGAUGGUGGUUACUGAUGAGAGAUGGCGGACAACAAAGCCCCUAGGAGAAUUGUCGGGCUGUCAUUGGCUGAGGACAGUAGACUUGACUGUGGUUGGCCGUUGAGCAAGCGUUGGCCGUUAUUGGAUGAUGAGGCUAUUGGAUCUUUGCCUUACUGAUGCAGCUGGUAGUUCUGUGAUGGAGGAUCCACCAAUGAGAGAGUGCCUUUGUGAAGCUCUGAUGGAUUUCAGGAUUGUGUCAGAAAUGAAGAUUGCCUUAAAUGAUGAUCCUGACCAGGGGAGAGAGAGAAAUACAUUUUCCUGUUUGACAGAGGACGGGAUGGUGGAAAAAAUGAUCUUUCAGCAUGUUUACCAGGAUUGUGAUGUAGACAGCGUUUGUCUCUCACAGCCUCUUUUAGAGGUCAUUAUACCUUUGGAUUGAUAUAUUUUUCUGUAAAAAUGCUUCAAAAAGGUAGUUGCAAGCAAACAUUUGAAACGUUCAACUUCCAGUUGAUUCGUAAAGCACUGUUGAAGGUUAGCAUUUAGCCUUAUGUAGCUUCCCUUUAUCACAUAACCAAUCGCUAACGGAGAAAAAGCAUGUCUCACCAGAAAGACCUGUCGGUUGCAAGGUUAGAAAGUUAUCCAAAAAGAACUAGUCGAGCAAAAAAAAAGCCAAAGCAUGAGUUUGCAUCCAGCUCUUUCGUACCACUAGUAACAGCAGGCAUACACAGUAUUACUACUGGCUUUUCAUACCAAGCACACUGUUCGAGAGCUAACGGAUCAAACAUGUAUGUCUCAACCUUUUUGGUUAAAUAAUUAUUGAAUUCCAAUGUAUUGUUUGGCAACUACCUUAGUUAAUAGUUACUAUAAACAUCUUGUCAUGUAUAUUGAAUUGAACAUAUUGUAAAGUGUGUUAAUUUGCCAUCUUUGAAACUAUCAUUUCCACAUCGAGCUAGUCAAUUGACUAUACCAUCAUCAACUUUUUCUUAAUCAACCAUCUCAAGUGGGUGACAAUUCUAUUUUUGGCAUGUAUGAAAAUCUCUAGUUUUGAACAUACUUUUUAUAUUUGCAUAUUUGUCAUUUUGCGUUGUUACUCUGUACAGUUGAUGUGCCACUUGCUCUUAGUGUCCUCAUCAUGCAUUGGGAUGAUCAGCCUUUCUACUUUAUACCAUGAUUCCAGAAAUGGUCUAUUUACUUACAGAAUGAUCCUGUUUACAGAGAGGUUCUACAUGGAAAGCCUAGAAAUAUAUUAUAUCCGUAGCCUACAUGAGAGCUAUGACGUUGUGAAAGAGAAUAGCUAUGGCAAAGAUGGUCUCACUCCAGUAAAUAGCUCUAAAAACCUUAUGUGGGGAGUUGAGGUUGACUGUUUUAAACUGUCCCUGGUUGGAGCAGCCCUGCACUCAGCAGCAGUGGAUUUGGUCUCUGUUCCACACAUCACUCUGAACACAAAAAGGGGAGCACACUGGUUUGUUUUUGUACUGUAUUGUUCCUGGCUGCACUGUAGCUUGACUAGACUAGACUAGCAUGGGGCAUUUUAAAGACACUUCGCUUUCGCGUUUGACUUCAUUGGGACCAACCAAAAUGACAUACCGAGGUUACUUUUGACACCAUAACACACUGUUGUUGAUUUGAUAGCAUGGUUACUGCUGUCCUGCCAUGGUUACUGCUGUGUUGCCAUGGUUACUGUACAUUAGCAUACCUCAACUUCAGAAAAUGUUGUGACAUCACUUCUUCCUGUCGUAGCUACAUUAGUCGGGUUGUCAAGAAACCGGAGUCAUGAUAUUAGUGGGUUGGCAUGGUCUCAUUGUAGUUCAAACUAUUCUCAUCCCUAGUAAAUAACUCCUUUUAGUUUUCAAUAAUGUUCUUACACUAAUUUUGGCAGUAUCAUGUUUCCUUUUCAUGAUUUAGUAAACAUUGUAUUUAUUGUUGCUUUGCUUUGUGUUUGCUCUCAGAUUCACCAUUCCUAUGAAUAGUUUCAGAGCCCCAGGGUUUGGUAUGUUCCUUUACAAAACAUUUCUUUAACGCCAUCUAAUUCUCUGCAUGGUUUGUCUGUCCGCAUGCCUGUCUGGCUGUACGUCUGUGUAACACUGUAUUUGCACAGUAGAAGAAAACUGGAGGACUAAAUCCUAUCCCAGAAAACCCAGCGUGAAUGUCUCUUCUUCUUUGGUGUACUAAGGAUACAAAGGACUUGUCCAAAUGAAUUCCACAUUAGAUUUUAAAAAAUAAUUAAAUGCUCAGUUUUUGUAGGGAAAUUACCCAGCACUUAAACAAGAUAAUGGACAAUAGACUUGACUGUGUUUAGAGUAAGAGGAAUAUGGAUUAGCUAGGCUAAUCUCAGAGUGUAUUUAUGCUGGCUUCACAUGCUCAUGGGAAAUGGGGAAGUGGAACAAUUAAGUCCGACAUGAUUGUGUUUAAGUGCUUUUGAAGUCGGAAAAAUUCUUCAACCAAUAGGAUUUUAGCUAGCUUAUCAAGGUUGCUAAUAAUAAAGUUAGCUAGCUUAUCAAGGUUGCUAAUAAUAAAGUUAGCUAGCUUAUUAAGGUUGCUAAUAAUAAAGUUAGCUAGCUUAUCAAGGUUGCUAAUAAUAAAGUUAGCUAGCUUAUCAAGGUUGCUAAUAAUAAAGUUAGCUAGAUUGCUUAACAUUGACAAUAUGAUGAGGUCGUAGUUGUCAAACUGAUUUGUUAUUUUUGGUUGAAAAGGUCAAAGGUCAGUGGUGAAACAUCAUAACUCGCCUACCUGGGCAACAACAUUUUCAGAGUUUCCCACUUGAAAUUCCGACUUGGAGGUUCGCUCAAGUGAAACUUCUCAGUUGGAAAUAGGAACUUCUGAUACCACAUGAAUGUGGCAUUACACCCAUCUAGACUGCUUGUCUCACCCUAAGAGUGUUUCUAGGGUGUUGGGAACAGACACAAAAAGUAGAAAAUGGCUAAAACAUCGGACCUUUAAAACACUCCAUAUGUGGUUGAUUGGGAAGGGAAUUUUCUGCAGACUCUUAUCCACUUAAGCCAGUUGUAUUUAAAACCACUGUGGUUAAAAAGAGCUAUUCUCGGUUUACAUAUGUAAAUGUUAUUUUUGUUUUCUUUCCAUUCCAUUGUUACAAAUGAUAUCUUGUUGGGACCUAUAUGCUUUUGACAUUUUGUCUCAGACAUAAACUCUAAAAUAUAUUUCUGAAAAAUGAA